AUGGAAGAAUCCAUCCGUUUUAUCAGAAGCCAUGACGAUAUUCCUCCCGACGACGGCGAAACAUCCGCCUCUCCCCGUCAACCUCCUGCCCCGACACACCGCAGAACCAUUCCAACCAUCAUUACUCUAACAAUAUUCGCUCUUAUCAUCGGCACAAUUAUCACAGUUACCAUCAUUCGCCAGCAUCACCAACUCGAUAACUACAAUAAUCAUCUCCGCCGUCGUCACAACAAGCGCCCCAAGUGCGAACAAUCGGCUUCAGUUAUUCACACUGUUUGUGCAGUCACACAGCAUCCAGAAUCAUGUUUCGCUGAUGUCAGUUCGGUUAUUACCGGUGACAUCAUUGAUCCUAUGAUGAUUUUCAACAUCACGUUGCACCUUGCAGUGAAAGAGGUUGUGAAUACAUCGUUGAUGUCAAAAACUCUAGUUAUGAAAGUGAAUGAUUUAUAUACUGGUUUGAUGUUUAGAGAGUGUGUGAGUUUGUUCGAUGAUGCGGUGAGUCGACUCAGUCGGGCGGUGGAGAUGGUGAACGGGGAUGGGAAAGUGGCGGAUUUGGUGACGUGGAUUAGCGUGGCGAUGAGGGAUCUGGAGACGUGUGUGGAGGGUCUGGACGAGAGGGGAUCGAUGGUUGGGGAUGAGGUGAAGGUGAGAGUGAAGAGGUCGAGUGUAUACUUGAGUAAUAGCUUAGCGAUACUUGCUAAUAUGGAAGGGUUACUUGAGCGGCAAUGA